UUGAAAAACCCCACCACCAUAUAGAGUUGUCAGCAAGCCAUUUAUUUUCUCCUUCUGUUUUCAUUUCAUCUCAUUCACUACUUGUAUCUUCCUUCCUUUCAUUCAUUUGUCCUCUCACACCAAAGCACAAUAUCCCAAACCCACCAGCUAAUACUCCAAAUAAAACCCACGCCAAUAUCGCAUAUACAUACACAUAAACUAAACACAACACUCCAUAAAAUCAUCAAUCUCCAACAACAACAUUUUCACCCUUUCUUUCUCUCUUCUCUCUAACUUCUCUAUCUCUUUUUCCUUCAAUCAUGGCCGUUGAAUCUCGCCAUCUUCAUCUCUUCUCCCCUCAACUCAUAACCAACCGAGAAAUGAUGAACCCUGUUGAAACAAACAUGAACAACAUCUACAACAACAUAUCACAAAUGGGUUACUCAUCAAUUCCACCAUCUUCAAUCAAAACAACCGCAACGGAGACACUAAUCCUACCACCUUACAACUCCAUAACAACCGAUUCAUUACCUCAAAAAACAGCUAUGAACUCCGACAGCGGUUUAACUUAUAAUGUUCCUUUAAGAAAACGUUCUAGAGAUUCUAGAGACUAUUCAAAUUCAAUCAAUUUUCCUUUCCCAAAUUCUUAUCUUUCUCCUACAACAUUAACAACUCAACAAAACAACAACAACAACAACAGAAGUUGUGCCUCUUCAUCGUUCUCUUUUCUUGGUGAAGAUAUUUCUGUUCAGAUCCAGGGACAACAACUUGAUAUUGAUCAACUCAUUGCACAACAAAUGGAGAAAGUGAAAUAUGAGAUUGAAGAAAAAAGGAAGAGACAAGCGAUGAGGUUGAUUCAAGCUAUUGACAUGAGUGUGACAAAGAGAUUGAAAGCAAAAGAAGAAGAAAUUGAGAAAAUUGGGAAAAUGAAUUGGGCUUUAGAAGAAAGAGUGAAGUCACUUUGCAUGGAGAAUCAAAUAUGGCGUGAUUUAGCACAAAGCAAUGAAGCAACAGCCAAUGCUUUAAGGUCCAAUCUAGAACAACUUCUUGCACAACGCGGCGGCGGAGAUGAAAAUGGCGAAAUUUCUCCGGCGGGUAUGGCGGGUGCUUUAAUGGAUGAUGCAGAGUCAUGUUGUGAUAGCAAUGAGAGUAUUAAUGAUGAUGGAAAUGCUGUGGAUCAAUGGAGAAAUUUAGGAGAUAAUAAUAAUGGUAAGAGAAUUGAAGUGAUGAAGGUUAUGGGAAACUCAUGUGGUGGUGAAAGUGGAAGCAAUUUUGUGAAUAGCAUGAAACUGUGCAGUAACUGUGGGAAAGAUGAAUCUUGUGUGUUGAUUUUGCCUUGUAGACAUCUUUGUUUAUGUGGUGUUUGUGGGUCUUCUCUUAACAUUUGUCCUAUUUGUAAAUCUUGUAAAACUGCUAGUAUCCAUGUUAACAUGUCUUGAAUGAAACAUGGGAAAAAUUACAUUAGCUAGUUGUUUAGAGAAAGGAAAAAAAAAAGAAACAAUUUUUCACUAAUGGAAUGGUAAAAAAAAGUCAUUUUGAUCCCAAA